UAUGGCUGCCUCAGUGUCCCUCUGCUGCUUGGGCUCCAGCCCGGGCCGCCGGGUGUUCCUGCUGCUGGAACUCCUACAGCUCUUGAGUCACCUCGGCCAGGGGCGCGUCCACCACCUAGCGCUCAAGGAUGAUGUGAGACAUAAGGUUCAUCUUAAUACUUUUGGAUUCUUCAAAGAUGGGUCCAUGGUGGUCAAUGUCAGUAGCCUCUCAUUUAAGGGAAAUGAAGAUACCACUGCAGAGAUUGGUUUCAGCUUGGACCGAACAAAGAAUGAUGGAUUCUCCCCUUACUUGGAUGAAGAUAUGGAUUACUGUAUCUUUAAAAAAAAGCAGUCUGUUUCUGUUACACUCCUGGUUCUAGACUUCCCAAGUCACCUUGUCAAAAUAAAGUCUCCAACAGAAGCUGGUAGCCAGUUACCAAAAAUCGUCGUCAGCAAGAAUGAGAAAAUCUUGUCUGAGAUCCCAGAGGCAAGCCUUAAAAAUCUCUCAGUAAAUAACCAAACUUUUGAAAAGCAAGGUGAGAAGUCUAUACAAAGUACAGAGGAUUCAAAGGUUUCAGAAGAGAAGUCUUAUCCUGUUCAUAUUAGUGAAGGGACAGUUUCAUUCCAGUUUUUCUUCAACAUCAGUACCAUUGAUCAAGAAGGUCUCUACAGCCUUUAUUUCCACAGAUGUUAUGUUGGUGACAUUCAGACCAGUAAUGACCUCUCUUUCAGCCUUGAUAUUGAUAUCAUAGAGAAGAAUCCUGACAGUUACCUUUCAGCCGGAGAAAUUCCUCUCCCAAAGCUCUAUGUUUCCAUGGCUCUUUUCUUCUUCCUUUCUGGAACCAUCUGGAUUCAUAUACUUAGAAAACGGAGGAAUGAUGUUUUUAAGAUUCACUGGUUGAUGGCGGCCCUCCCCUUCACAAAAUCUUUGUCCUUGGUGUUCCACGCAAUUGAUUACCACUAUAUCUCCUCGCAGGGAUUUCCAAUAGAAGGUUGGGCUGUUGUUUACUACAUCACUCACCUAUUAAAAGGUGCACUUUUGUUCAUCACUAUUGCACUUAUUGGUACUGGCUGGGCUUUCAUCAAACACAUCCUUUCUGAUAAAGACAAAAAGAUCUUUAUGAUCGUCAUUCCACUGCAGGUCCUGGCAAAUGUGGCUUAUAUCAUCAUAGAAUCAACUGAGGAGGGAACAACUGAAUAUGGCUUGUGGAAAGAUGCUUUAUUCUUGGUGGACCUGCUAUGCUGUGGAGCGAUCCUCUUCCCAGUGGUGUGGUCAAUAAGACAUUUACAAGAAGCCUCUGCUACAGAUGGAAAAGGUGACAGCAUGGGGCCUAUUUCAGCAAGAAGGAAUUUAAGGCCUGAGGAGGCAAAGUCAGCUGCUAUUAACUUAGCAAAGCUGAAACUAUUCAGACAUUACUACGUAUUGAUCGUGUGUUAUAUUUAUUUCACAAGGAUCAUUGCAAUUCUCCUCAAACUUGCUGUUCCAUUCCAGUGGAAAUGGCUCUACCAGCUCCUGGAUGAAAUGGCAACUCUGGUGUUCUUUGUUCUAACUGGCUAUAAAUUCCGUCCAGCAUCUGAUAAUCCCUACCUGCAACUGUCUCAGGAAGAUGAUGAUUUGGAAAUGGAAUCUGUGGUGACAACUUCAGGAGUGAUGGAGAAUAUGAAGAAAGUCAAGAAGGUGACAAAUGGAUCUGUGGAUCCCCAAGGUGAAUGGGAGAGCACAGCAUGAUGGAACAAACUUUAAGAAGAGCACUUUCCAAAAAACUUUUAAUUUAUUAAUAGUACUGUCAGUGAACAGGAGCAGCCUACAUCUCCCAACAUUGAUACAACAAAAGAGUGUGACUAGGAGCAAAAUGUCA